AUGGCGUUGCGGCCCGCCGCGCGCGUUGUUUUGACCGAGAAUGGCCUCGAAAUGUUGCUCGAGUGCGAGAAGGAAGAAGACCUGUCCCCCACCGAGGUGGCCACAUUUGACUCGGCUUUACGCCUAUUCUUUACCAAUUCGGAGGUGAAGGAGAUGAAUGGUAAGAAGCUGUCCGGUGUUGGUCAGCCCGUGAAGAAGGUUCUAGCCUGGCAUAAGGGCUGA